AUGCGCUACCUUCUUCCAGCAGUGCUCGGUGCACUGAGCCUGAUUUACGUCGAUGGUGUUGCUGCCCAGGACACGCCCACCUGUGUGCCUGGUUGUGCGAACACUGUCAGAGGCCAAUUCACUCAGUAUGGCUGCGUUAAUGCAGAUGACGCUGCCUGUCUCUGUGCAAACGCCAACUUCGGAUUUGGCGUACGAGACUGUGGUCAAACUGGUUGCGGCGCUACGGACGUCCAGAUCCAGGCCUUUCUAGCUGGGUCCUUUUGUCAGGGUAAGGGUCCAAAUGUAUGGACAAGAUAUGUCGUGUACUCAUCCAUCCAUAGGUCAACAAUUGGCGUUUACACCAACGGGUGCAUCAGCUCCUCCGACCUCAACACCACCGGCGACUCCAGGCUCGUCCGAGACGACGGCUCCUCCAAGCGAAACAACCCCAAGUCCAACAUCGCCGCCAACGAUAUCUGCCCCGAGCUCAGAAACAGCGCCUCCGUCUUCAUCGCCACCGGCCACCGAGCCACCAACUACAGCAUCGUCGGCCACGACAGGACCAGCCUCCGUUCCCACCCAACCCUCUGCUCCGCCGACAGGAACCCCUCCACACUCAAACUCUACAAUUCCCGCGCUGCUCCAGCAGGUGGUUUGUCUCAAGGCGCGGCCAUUGGAAUCGGUGUCGGAGUCGCUGCUGCUGUAGUUGCAAUUGCAUUUGCCGGCGUCUUCUUUUUCUUGAAAAAUCGCAGCCGAACUCACGAUUCCUUCGACAUCUCUGCGCCGCCUCCUAGUUCCGGUCGUGGCCAAGGCGCGUUUGAAAAGUAUUCGAAUGAUCUCGAACUGGUUUCUAACCGGUACGAAGACAUGGUACCUCGGCAGCAGCCAAGAGCCAUGGUGUAG